UCCGUUGGCUGGACGUUUCGAUGAUAAUAGUGUGACGGUCUAAAAAGCUGUUUCCGUUUCGUCCUGGACCUAUUAAAAUUGACAGUAGUGGAUUUUGUGCAUGUCUACGGAAAUUUAUCGAGUGACUGCCACUAUACAGAUAUCGAGCGGUUGUUUUUAAACAAGUAGCGCUCUCUGUCGGCGCUCGGUGAAGUGAGCGACUGCGGGACGCGGGGCGGGCGCUGCUGCCGCCCCUGCCUCAGUUCGGCUGUGACAUCGUGGUGUGUGGACGUGCUGCCGCGUGUCUCAUCCGAGUGCCGUUUCGCGCGGCAACUUUGAACAGUGACAGCGUUAAGAGUGUAUUGUGUGCAUAGAAUGUGUGUCGGAUUGCGGUGCUCUACAAAUUGGAUGCAGUGAAUCGGAUCACUAUUGGAUUGCAGUGUAUAUUCUGGAUUUGAUUUUUGGACGUUACGCACAAAGUCACAAACUGGGGAUGCAUAAAAUGGAGCUCGGCGACAGCGUGUACGCCGCCGAGCGUAUCAUGAAGAAGAGGAUUAGAAAGAACAAGGUGGAGUACUACGUCAAAUGGAAAGGCUGGAAGCCAAAACACAACACGUGGGAGCCCGAGGAGAACAUCCUCGACCCGCGACUCAUCCAGAGCUUCGAGCGGGGCGAGGAGCAGCGCCGCCAGGGCAGAAAGCGGGAGCGCGAGCACUCGCCCGUCGAGCGGCCGCGCAGCGCCUCCCCUCCGCCGCAUCCGCCGCCCGGCAAGCGCAAGGCCGAGGUGCUCUCGCGAGAGUCGGGCAAGAUCGGCGUCACCAUCACCAUGAGCCCGCCCGCCAAGCGGCACGACACGAAGCCCAAUGGCGCGCGCACCACGCAGCAUGCUCCCCCGCCACCCGCCGCGCCUCCGGGUGGAGCGCCCGCGCCCGUCUCGCCCGCAGCCGAGGCCGCCGCUCCGCGCACAGGUCCGCGUCGCCCUCCACACUCUCCCGAGGAAGCAGACGCGCACACGCCGCCGGAACGCGAGCGGCGAGCGGACCGCACGGACACGCAGCCCGCCGCCGCCGCACCUGCAGAGCCCCGUGGCGCGCGACCUCACCCGCAUCCGCACGUGCCGCCAGCGACGGCGCUCGCCGCACCGCCCGCCCAACCACUCGAAGACGAAGACUCGUGGGGCGAGGGCGAGGCGGCCGCCGCCUCCGCAACUCCGGCGCGCCGCGGCGCUGCCUUCUGGCUGGCGCGCUCGCCCGUCGCCGACCAGAUCUUCAUCACGGAUGUGACGGUCAACCUGCAGACGGUCACCAUCAGGGAGUGCCGCACCGAGAAGGGCUUCUUCAGGGCUCGUGAGACAAAAUCACUGGACGUGACGUAAGGCGCGGCCGUUUUCUAACAUUGUACAGAUUUAGGUAGUUAGUAUUUAUUUAGUCUGUAAUUUGAUUAUAUGACGCGUCGACGUGAGCCCCAUUCCUUAAUGUGUAGGCCUAACUGUGGGGCGGGCGGCAGGUACCUCAUGCGCAAUAAUUACCACCAAUAAGUACAUGUGAAUAGGCAAAUUAUUGUCAAUUGUUGAAAAUAGAAACCUUUAUUAUAUUUGUUAAAUUUAUUAAUAACGGCUGGUCGAUGAAGUUUCCAGUAAGCACUUAUUGCUCUGUAUGUUUGUAAAUUAGAUUUUUUAUGGCUAGAAACUAGUAAUACACUAGUAGUUGUAGUU